AAAAGUAAAAAAUCCGAUCAUCCAUUUUCAUUUCUCAGUUCUCAAACAAGCAAUUUCUCAAUAAGAAAUUCAUGAGGAAUCCAUGGAUCAUCUUCUUCCCCUGCAUAUUUCUUCUCUGCAACUCAUUCACAAAUUCAACUCCUCUCUUCCCCAAAGAAGCCCUACCCACAAAAUCCGGCUAUUUACCCGUGAAUCCAGCCACCGGUUCCGCCAUUUUCUACACUUUCUAUGAAUCCCAAGAACCCAUCUCUUCAAUAUCCGAAACCCCACUUCUCAUCUGGCUCCAAGGCGGCCCAGGUUGUUCAUCCUCUUUAGGCAACUUCUACGAGCUCGGUCCAUGGCGAGUUUCAGAGAAUCAAAACUCAAAAGAGAUUAAACUCGAACAAAAUCCCGCCCCAUGGAACCGUCUCUUCGGUCUACUAUUCCUCGACAAUCCAAUCGGAGUUGGAUUCAGCAUCGCAUCCAAUCCUGAUGAAAUCCCAAAAGACGAGCACGCCGUCGGCGAACAGUUAUUCUCUGCGAUCAAAGCUUUCAUUAACUUAGACCCUUCUUUCAAAACCCGACCGAUUUACAUCACCGGCGAGAGCUACGGCGGUAAGUAUGUCCCUGCUAUUGGAUACUACAUUCUAAACAAAAACCCUUAUCUACCCAUCUCAGAACAAGUCAAAUUAGCCGGAAUCGCAAUCGGAAAUGGACUCACCGAUCCGAUUACCCAAGUGGGUACUCACGCCUUAAACGCAUACUUCUCCGGUUUGAUCAAUGAAAAACAGAAGACCAAACUUGAAGAACUCCAAUCGGAAGCAAUUCGUCUAACCAUGAUGGAAAAUUGGAACGAAUCAACUUUGGCUAGAACCAGAGUUCUUAAAACCCUUCAAAACAUGACAGGUUUAGCAACAUUAUACAAUUUCAAUAGACAGAUUCCAUACAAAACAGACCUGGUCGAGAAAUUCCUAAACCAGAAAGGAAUAAAAACAGUACUAGGAGUGAAUGAAUCAAUGGUGUAUGAAGAAUGCAGUGAAGUUGUGGGAACUGCACUUCAUGAAGAUGUGAUGAAGAGUUCGAAAUUCAUGGUGGAAUAUCUUGUGAAGAACAGUAAGGUUCUUUUAUAUCAAGGGCAGUUUGAUUUGAGAGAUGGAGUUGUGUCUACAGAGAGUUGGGUUAAGAAGAUGAAGUGGGAAGGGAUAGAGAAGUUUCUAGAAGCAGAGAGGAAGGUUUGGAAUGUGAAGGGGAAACUUGCUGGUUAUGUACAGAAAUGGGGGAAUUUGAGUAAUGUUGUGGUGAUGGGUGCUGGACAUCUUGUGCCGGCUGAUCAAGAAUUGAAUUCUCAAAUAAUGGUUGAAGAUUGGGUCUUGGAUAGAGGAUUGUUUCUUAAGAAUGCAAAAGUAUUCAAAGCCAUGCUUUAGGUUUGUGUUGUUAAAUGAUUUCAAUUGUUUGGGUGAUUAGGUUUGAUUUCCAUAAAAGGAAAUAAACCCUAGAUUGUUUUUAAAUAUGAAUCUUGUGUUCUAUAAAAGUGGGAUCGGUUUAGUUA